GAGAUCCCCAAGGUCCCUUUGGCGACGAACUCGACGGGAUCAUCGUCGCCGGAUCGAUCGACGACCCUGGUCGUUCAAACCUUCUUGAUACCAAUCACUACCCGAUAUCGACACCACGUACGCUCGUUGCUCAUACCGGACGAUAGAUCAUAUCAACACUACUGCCACGACUCUACAAGUGACCCCUGCGUUUUCCCGAUCCAUACUGGCUGUUGAAGGACUGCAUCGGAUACUCAAAUCGACCCAUGCCGACGAAGACGAUGCCAAACACGACGAGGAUGGAGAGUCGCCUGAAAGCAUUGCCGUCUUUGCCAGUCGACGUUGACGUGGAUGAGGCUCUGGUCGGGAGAAAGGGCAGUCAGGAAGGAAUCGCUGGCGAUAACCAUUCAGCUAGCUCGGUCCAGCACGCCCAUACCCUUCCAAUGAAACUGCCUACACCUGAUCUAUCUGGACCUUCCAAAGCCGAAGUCCAGCAACAAGAAUCACCGAUCAGACGUCCUUUCCGGGACCUCUACCCCGCCUCGCCUCAGCCUCAGCCUGGAUAUCAGUUUCAUCAGUCCAGCGUCUCGUUGGCGCUCCCACCUAGAGCUGGAUUUGCCGACGGCCGAGAAGGAGCAAGUUCUGCGAGGUCCGAGAUGGGGUUCCGUAGAGUCCCGGCGGAGCCAUCGAGGUCGGGAUCAGCAUUGGGCGGCAGUCUACGUGGCUCGCCCGAAGCCGAGGCGAUGGUCGAAGCUGGUCCCAAACCUUUGCUAGAAGGGGGGACGGGUCAGAGGAGAAAGACCAAAGGCAGGCUCAACCUCGCUGGAGGGUUGCCUUUGAGCAGGUUGUUCAGGUCGUCCAGUGUGGACCUCUUGGACGAUCUACGGAUGGAAGUCGGGGAUGGAAGGGUGGACGGGGUUGAUGGCGAAGAGAAUGGGCAGCAAGCGAAUGUCGUCCAUAAAGAAAACAUUGCUAAGGAGCAUGUGAAAGGGACUAAAGGAAGUUGGUUACCGUUCACUAAACCUAAACCUAAACGCCAUUCGCCGUAUCCUGAACGCCCUGUCGGAACCCACUCGAACCCGCACACACGGGCGGGGUCCGAAAGCUCGUCUAGACCGCUCGGACUGGGAAUGGGAUCGGGAGGAAGAUUUGGGUCGUCGGGAAGGCCUAAAGGGAAGAGGAGCAUGACUACCGACGCUUUACCCACUGGCCGCAGUCAAGGGCUAGAUGGAGGAGACCGGAAUCAAGGUCGAUGUGAUGUUUCCGCUGGACACGGAAAGGGGGAGGAAGAGGUCGUCCUGAUUGGUCCUGGACCGGGUGUGAAGCGGAAAGGCAGCAUCAAGAAUAUGCUGGACAGAUUUGCAGGCCACGAAGCGGAAGAAGAGGUUGUCAUCACCGGAACGGGUCUGAAGCGAAAGGGAAGCAUCAAGAACAUGCUGGACAAGUUCGCUUCGAGGAAUCAAGGCAGUCGCGAGCAAGAAGAUCGCGAGGACGGUGUUGGGUGGGAUAUGAUGCGGGCGAGUCGAGUGGAAGUCGAUGCGGGAAGGUCGUCCGGUUCUGUCGGCGGGUCAGCCUCAGCGUCCGGGUCAGGAUCAGGUUCUGCAAGACCUAGUGCAGAAGAGCGCAAGUGGUCCGAAGAAGGCUAUUCUGCUAGAGAGAUCGUCCCUCGAGACCUUUCGCCUCUGCAAACCUCGCCGAAUGGCCAGGGUAGGGCGGCAGGGAAAUCAAGAGAGGAAACUCAGCCGGGUUGUCUGAGCGUGCCAGGCAUGGAACGCGGCGGCAAGGUCAAGCGAAAAUCUAGUUGGAGGCGGGCCGGGAAGAAUGAGGUGAAAGAAGUUGACGACGGGAUCGGAACGCCGAUGCUGGUACAGCAUGACCUCCACGUAACGGCCUCCUUCAAAGGUCUGCCGCCAGCCUGGAUCGAACAACUCCGGCAACAGGGAAUAGGGCAAAAGGAGAUGGAAAUGAUCAUGUCCGGUAGACGACAAAAGGACAGUAUUUCCAGCUUGCAAGGUGUCGAACCGAAGGCUGGAGUGAAGAUGGGGUCAGCUUUGCGUGGUAACGGCUUGCCCGAAAUCAUGCCCGACAGAUCCCCUUUUUCUGCGGACAAGACGAUACGCGGGUUGACCUUGAGCGGUAAUUCGGCUGCCACGCCUUUACGGCCGGCGCCCCGACUUGUUCGACCUACAGACAACCUUUUGGAUAUCGACAAGACGUUACCAGACACCCCACCGCGAUUCGCUACGCCCAUGGGCACCUUGAUCGACCGGGACCUGCUGCGAUCGCCCGCCGAACAGAGACCAGCGAAACAUUUCCGAGCAUCCAGCGAGAAUCUGCUUGAGAGCGUCGUUAACGGAAUCCAGCAUGGACAUAAGAAGUCUGUGUCAUACCUACAUCAAUUGCAACCUGGACAUCGCAAUGACGCUAAAAGCUCUGCCAACGAUGCCGCCGACCCCAAACGACCGCUACGGUUUAGACGGCGUGCAGGGACGGAAGAUUCACCCUUACUGCUUCACGUGCCCAAAGACGGUCCAGCUUCGAGUGACCCGGCUGGAUACUCGGCCUUUACGCCGGUUAAAAGCUUGAGCGCCGAGAUCAAGAAUUUCUCCACAAUCAAGUUGAGCUUUGAGACCGACCGGCCGGAAGGACUAGGCGGAGAUGAUUGGGUGGGGGAAGUCUUGAUGACCCUCGACAAGGGACUCGACGGAAGCCAGCAAUCAAGACCCUCGAUGGAGUCGGCGCUUCAGGUGCCCCGGUCUAUAUCGGUGGACGCUCCGAUGUACUACCAAGACCUAAGACCGCUGGACAUUCCUGAUUUCCGGCACGAUCCGGGCAGCUCGACGGGAAUGGCGUCAGGUAUGACUGCGGAAUCUGGAUCGACGGAGGUGCUCAAGUCGCCUGGCGAGGAGGAAGACGCGCCGUGCAUCGGCUUGGUCUCCCCCGUUGCGGACUCGCAAUACGCCUUUCUCGGAAACCGAGACUUCCUGGGCGACCGGGCGGGCUAUGAUAUCGGGAUGUCGGUGCCCCGUACGCCGACCCCGCCGGGCAAGGAGCCGAGAGCGAAAAAGAUGUCGGUCAGCCCGCCUCGACGCAAGUCGAGCUUGAACAGGAGCGGGUUCUCGUUUGGAAGAGGAGCUAGCGAAGGGCUCUUUGUUCGAGGUAGACCCAGUGAGGACGGUCCGCCAUCCUUACUUUACCGGACAAUCUCGCUCUCCCCGUCCACAGAAAUCGUGUCGCUGCCGGAUCAUGACAACUUCGUAACACCCACGACGUCCGACGAGCGGGGGCAGCGCAUCGAUACAGCCAGAUACUCCGAGGCUAUGUCCUGUGAUGGUCCUUUGAGCACCAACGAGGAGCAUUCAUUCAGCAUAGGCACCGUGCAUACCGCUUGGCGGGCGAAACCGUUGGCAUUCGACGUACUCGGGCAGCCGGAAGGAGCGGACUCGCGCCAGGUCAAGUUAGCGGAAGUCUGAAAAUGGCAACUUAGGUGCAAGUAGCGAUCAUAGGUUAGAUCAGCUCGCGUUAUCAGUAGAUCAGGGAUUACAUAUAUACAAGGUCUACGAGGAUGGUCCGAAGGUUGUAUAUCAGAAUCUGUGAAGACGAUGCCAUUGAUCAAGAAGAAAGCGUU